AUGCUCCGUGGUGAGCUGGCGCAAGCCUCAGGACCAGUCCCGGCACACGGCCGAGCAGAACAGGACUGGGGGGACCAGAGGUGCCUGACAGCCUUGCCCUACAUCUGCAAGCGUACUAACAGCAGUGGGGAGACGCAGCCCCCAGACCUGCCACUUCCAGCCCUGGGGGGCUGCCCCUCUGGCUGGAACCAGUUCCUCAACAAGUGUUUCAGAAUCCAUGGCCAGGACCCCCAGGACCGGGUAAAGUGGUCAGAGGCACAUUUCUCCUGUGAACAGCAAGAGGCCCAGCUGGUUACCAUUGCAAACCCCUUAGAGCAAGCGUUCAUCACAGCCAGCCUACCCAAUGUGACCUUUGACCUUUGGAUUGGCCUCCAUGCCUCACAGAGGGACUUCCAGUGGGUGGAGCAGGAGCCUUUGCUAUAUGCCAACUGGGCACCAGGGGAGCCCUCUGGUCCCAGCCCUGCUCCCAGUGGCAACAAACCGACCAACUGUGCGGUGGUCCUGCACAGCCCCUCAGCCCACUUCACUGGCCGCUGGGAUGAUCGGAGCUGCACAGAGGAGACUCAUGGCUUCAUCUGCCAGAAGGGCACAGACCCCUCCCUGAGCCCAUCCCCAGCAUCGUCGCCUCCUGCCCCGGGCACUGAGCUCUCCUACCUCAACGGCACUUUCCGACUGCUGCAGAAACCACUGCGCUGGCACGAUGCCCUCCUGCUGUGCGAGAGCCUCAAUGCCAGCCUGGCCCAUGUCCCCGACCCCUACACCCAGGCCUUCCUUACUCAGGCUGCCCGAGGGCUGCGCACAUCACUCUGGAUCGGGCUGGCCAGUGAGGAGGGCUCCCGGCGGUACUCCUGGGUCUCAGAGGAACCACUGAGUUAUGUGAGCUGGCAGGACGGGGAACCCCAGCAGUCAGGGGGCUGUGCCUAUGUGGAUGUGGAUGGCACCUGGCGUACCACCAGCUGUGACACCAAGCUGCAGGGGGCUGUGUGUGGGAUUACCAGAGGGCCCCCUCCUCCCCGAAGGAUAAGCUACCAUGGCAGCUGUCCCCAGGGGCUGGCUGACUCAGCGUGGAUUCCCUUCAGGGAACAUUGCUACUCCUUCCACAUGGAGCUGCUACUGGGCCACAAGGAGGCGCUACAGCGCUGCCAGAAAGCGGGUGGGGCAGUCCUGUCCAUUCUGGAUGAAAUGGAGAAUGUGUUUAUCUGGGAGCACCUGCAGAGUUCUGAGGGCCAGAGUCGGGGCGCCUGGCUGGGCAUGAACUUCAACCCCAAAGGAGGCACGCUGGUCUGGCAGGACAACACAGCUGUGAACUACUCCAACUGGGGCCCCCCGGGGCUGGGGCCCAGCAUGUUAAGCCACAACAGCUGUUACUGGAUCCAGAGUAGCAGUGGGCUGUGGCGCCCGGGUGCCUGCACAAAUGUUACCAUGGGCGUUGUCUGCAAGCUCCCUCGAGAGAACAGCUUCUCACCAUCAGCAGCGCUCCCUGAGAACCCAGCGGCCCUGGUGGUGGUACUGAUGGCGGUGGUACUGCUCCUGGCACUGCUGACUGCAGCCCUCAUCCUCUACCGGCGGCGACAAAGCGUUGAGCGAGGGGCCUUCGAGGGUGCCCGCUACAGCCGCAGCAGCUCCGGUCCUGGCGAGGCCACUGAGAAGAACAUCCUGGUGUCUGACAUGGAAAUGAAUGAGCAGCAAGAAUAGAGCCAAGGGCAUGGUCAGGCUGGAGCUGGGGAGGCCAGGCCCCAGGACAGCCAGACCCUCCCACCCAGCUGCUAGUCCAGUUGGCCUGUGGAGGAGAGCCCUAGGGAGUUGCUAUUGGGAGUCAGGGCUGGGUGGGGCCUGGACUGGGGGGUGUCCCACUCUCCUGUGAGAACUGGGCUGAGACCAGCUGAGUGCUGUGUGAUGUUUCCCUUUCUGGGGGGAGGGGGGCUGAGGUCUUGUCACCUGGACCUAUGUCCCCACGGUAACCAGAGAUAGGACGGGAGGGCAAAAGAGAGCCACUGCCUCUUACUCCCCCACCCUUCACCGCCCCCCCCCCCAGCCCAGGCCUACUUGAUCCCACAACCCAGAACCCCUUGCUGUUUGCAGACCUGGGGAGUCUGCCCUGUCCCCUGGGGCAGCUCUCUUGCUUCUCUCUUCCCACCUGUUGUCUCAGCUCUGUACCCUUCCCUUUGCUCUCUCCCCUCUUCUCACCAAGCCCCUCUUUUUGAGAGCUAGGGGCCUAAGGUCUGGGAGCCCUUUUAGCUCUUGCAGGGGACUGAGCAGCUGUCAUUCCUGUGCCUGCUGGAGUGGCCACAGGGUGUGGCAGAAGGAGCCUGGUGGCUGGUGCAUGAGAACAGGCAACAUUGUGGGGUCUGCUGGGGUGGAGACAGGACUGGGGAGACACACUCCAUCCUCCCAAGGGGAAACUGGGCUGAGUUGGGGUGUCAUCUCCUGCCGGUCGGGGGAGGGAUGUGUCCCUGAAAGAGUCCCCUGUGGGGACCAAAAUAAGUUCCCUGAUGUCUCCAGCUCCUGGUUCUGCUUUGGGGAGAGAGAGGAGGAGGUUUCUAGGGUCCUGGGAGCCUGGUAGAAGCAGAAGCCCAGGACUGUGCCAAGUGCUGCCCUCUAGUGGAGCCAAGAGGAAACCGUGCCAGCUUCUGGAGGCUCCAGUGCUUUUCCAAGGAGCCAGACUCCAGCCAGGAUGGAGUGUGCGGCCAGUUCCUGGACACCCCACAGGACAAUGUGAACUUGGACUCGAAGAUAUGGACCCUUUUUUGUAGUUCUUGAUUUUUUUUUAAAUGUGCCAUUAUUGUUCUAAAAAAAAAAGUUAAAAAGAAAAGCAAACAAAUAAAACACCUUC